AUGGUCUUCCUUCUUACGACAGAUCGCAUACUCGCAGCGUUCGAAGCUAUUCCAGCUUCGCGCCACGAGGAGCUCGACCUGCCUACCACGCUGGAAGCCCAAGGCCCGAUAGCCCACGACCACCUGAUCCGGCUCGCCAGAUAUCUUCAAACAGACUCAGAAUACAAAGAGCUUGCCUCUCAUACCCCAACGAUCCUCAGCUCCCUCCUCCGCGGCACGAAAGUCUACGUUCCUCCGCCGCCCAAGAAGCCAGAGCCCGUAUGUGGUCUACACACAACUCCAUUCCCUGCCCUUCCUUUCCUCAACUUUAUCAACCCAUCCGAAAAUCGGAUCCUAACACUAUACACUAUCCAGAGCGCAGAAUAUCUCGCAUCAAAGGCACGCCUCCUCGCAGCAACAGAACAAGAAUCCUACAAACGCCUCUUAAACCCAAACUACCGACCCAACGCCGACCACGCAGAUCCACACACAUCGCCUUAUACAAGCGACGGCCAAGUAGAAGAAGAUACGCUGACGAUCUCGCUGGUUUCCAGCGUCUUCAUUUCGGUGCUAGUGACCGGGUUCAGCGUGUACGCGGCACUCACUCGGUUCCCAACGCCGCAGGUCCUGUCGAGCGAGGCGGUUAAGGUCCUUUUGGGGCUGUUUGCAGCGUUGAGUGUUGCUGUUGCGGAGUCGUUUUUGUACUGGACGUAUCUUGGGAAGGUGGAUCGGGCGAGGGUUAAGGAGAGGGGACUUAGGGAGAGGAAGGUUGUCAUUGGAGCUAUUGGGGAGGAGGAUAAGGGGGUGGAGGAGAGCGUUGUGGUUGGGACAAAGAAGGAGGAAAUUUGGGGGAAGGGGGUUAAUGGGGGUGUUAGGAGGAGGGUUAGAGAGAGGUGGGAGAAGGGGAGGGAUAGAUGUUAA